AUGCCGAAGCUUGCACGAUCCCGGCUGGACGAGGCAGACGUCAAGCCUCGCGUGAAGCCUGAACCCGACAUCAUCGACCUGUGCGACUCGGACGAUGCCACAGCCACUCCCUCGUCAAACCCUGAGCCAAAAGCAGCACCUGCACGAUCGAGGCGGAAGGUAGUCAAUCGAGGACGGGUCAAGUACGAGGAUGAUGACUCUGAUGCCACAGACGGACCGAACGGCGGCGACGGAGAUGACGGCGACGAAAGCGACGAUGACUUCCGUGGCAGGAAGCGAAAUGCCCACAAGAAGAGCAGGACCGCUUCAACAACCCCAGGACCCUCUUCGCACAAACUGUAUGCCAUCGCACGAAUUGCCACUCUCGCCACCGACGGGGUCGCUUCCGUCUCCGAGUCCGAGGCCAAGCUCGCUGGUGUCAGUGCCGGCAUCCUCUCGCGUAUUCAAAAGUCGCUCGCCCUCGCCAAGCAUCCCGGCACUGGCGAGGCCGAGGCGCAACAGGCACUGCGUCUCGCCACACGACUCAUGUCGUCCCAGAACCUCACACAAGCCGAUCUGCUCGCAUCCUCCGACGCCGAGGCCAACCAAGCACGCGCAGGCAUGUCGAUCGUCGAGAUCGUCUCCCAGACCAGCGCAAGCCCGCGCAACGAGAGCUGGGCCAACCAGAUUGCCGUCGCCGUCAACCUCUUCUUCGACGUGAAGGCCUACUCCACCUCGUCUGCCAACCGAAGCCGUCUCAGCUGGACCUUCUACGGGCUCGCAGUCAACACCGUCGCUGCCGCCCACGCCUUUGAGAUGGUGCACAACCAGGUGCUCACGUGGGCCUACGAAAAGGCGGCCGCCAAGCUGGUCUCUGGGAAGACGGGCAAGAACUCCUACUGCCAGGGCGUCGCAGCCGGUCUCAUCGCGCUCGCAAAGAAGGAGAAGAAGGAGGAGAUGCGUCUCGCCAUCGAGGCCGAAAAGAAGCGCCUCGACGACGCACACAAGACCGAACAGGCGCAGGUCAAGAAGGAGAAAGAGCGGCUUCAAGACCCACCACAGCCCGCCUCGGUCAAGCCCGAACCGUCGCAGGAUUUGCCAAGGCAGUCCCAGUCCGGCUCGCGCAAUGUCAAGCUCGAAGACGUGGUCGAUGAAGACGACGUCAAACCGUCCCGGAACGGGGUCAAGCAGGAAAUGUCCAAUGCGGAUGGUGCCGGCUAUGGGCGGUGGAGUGAGGGCUACAGCGGUAGCGCUUUCGCGAAUGCCAAGCUCGAAGACGGCAUGGACUAUGACGAUGACGACGACGACGCUGGUACCGAUCGCUUUUAUGAUAUGGACGACGGUGCGCAUGGCUCCGAUCCACACGGCGCGUUGGGCGACGACAUCAAGCCGCACUUUGACGAGGCGCUGGAGCGCGACAUUAUCGAUCUCACCGACGAUCUCGACACAGCCGCCGGGUCGGAAGAUAUCAAGCCGAAGCUGGAGCCCAAGGUCGAGGCGGACGACGGCGCGGGUGGUGCGGGAUGGCAUUCUUCCGGCCAGCUGAUGCGCUUCCGGCAGGAUGCCGAGAAGAUCGCCGACGACUACCUUGCGUCUCAGCAUUCGGGGCUCAAGCUGCGCAAGCGCGCCAAGACGACGUACAAGCGCGACUCGCACGCGUUUGAGCAGGGUCGCGUCGACGCACGCAAGAUCGACGUCAAGCGCAAACGCAUCCAGAACUGA